AUGGCAGAAGCCAGAGUUUCUCAGGAUGAGUUCUUGUGUCCAGUGUGUCUGGAUCUCCUGAAGGAUCCAGUGGUCAUUCCCUGUGGACACAGUUACUGUAAGAGCUGUAUUACAGGCUGCUGGGAUCAGGAGGAUCAGAUGAGAGUCUACAGCUGCCCUCAGUGCAGACAGACCUUCAGUCCAAGACCUGCUUUAGCAAGAAACACCAUGCUGGCUGAAGUGGUGGAGAAACUGAAGAAGACCAAACUCUCUGCUGACUGUUACGCUGGAGCUGGAGAUGUUCAGUGUGACGUCUGUUCUGGAAGAAAAUACAAAGCCGUCAAGUCCUGUCUGGUGUGUCGGGAGUCUUACUGUCAAACUCAUUUUGAGCGGCAUGAGGAGUUUCGCUCAGAAAAACCACACAAAGUGACUGAAGCCACUGGACGACUGCAGGAGAUGAUCUGCCAGAAACAUGAGAAGAUCCUCGAGGUUUUCUGUCGCACUGAUCAGAAAUGUAUAUGUGUGCUGUGUACGAUGGAUGAACAUAAAAACCAUGACACUGUAUCAGCUGCAGCACAGAGGACAGAGAAACAGAAGCAGCUGAAGGAGACGCAGAAGACGUUCCAGCAGAGAAUCCAGCAGAGAGAGAAAGAUCUUCAGCAGCUGAGAGAGGCUUUGGAGUCUCAUAAGCGCUCUGCACAGACAGCAGUGAAGGACAGUGAGAGGAUCUUUACUGAGCUCAUCCGCUCCAUUGAGAGAAGCCGCUCUGAGCUGAUACAGCUGAUCAGAGAUCAGGAAAAGCAAGCAGUGAGUCGAGCUGAAGGACGACUGGAGCGACUGGAGCAGGAGAUCAAUGAUCUGAGGAGGAGAGACGCUGAGCUGGAGCAGCUUUCACACACACAGGAUCACAUCCAGUUCCUGCAGAGUUUCCAGUCUCUCUCAGCUCCUCCUGAAUCUACAGACGUAAAUGAUGAUCUCUUCAGUUCUCUCUCUUUUGAUGAUCUGAGAGAAUCUGUCCAUCAGCUGAGAGACAAACUGGAGGAUUUCUGCAAAGAGGAGCUCAAGAAGAUCUCAGACAGAGUCACAUUCACCAACAUUGUUCUCUGGACCAGGAAGGACUUCCUACAAUAUUCCCAUCAGCUCACUCUGGAUCUGAACACAGUGAAUAAACGCCUCCUCCUGUCUGAGAACAACAGAGUGAUUACUGACACUGACAGAGUUCAGCCGUAUCCUGAUCAUCCAGACAGAUUUGAUGGAUUGAAUUAUCAGGUGUUGUGUAGAGAGAGUGUGUGUGGACGCUGUUACUGGGAGAUUGAGUGGAGUGGAGAUAAUGGUGUGUCUAUAUCAGUGUCAUAUAAGAGCAUCAGCAGGAAGGGAGACGGUGUUGAGUGUUGGUUUGGAUCUAAUGAUCAGUCCUGGAGUUUGUUCUGCUCUCGCUCCAGAUACUCAUUUGGACACAAUAACAAAUGGACUGAUCUCUCUGUGAAGUCCAUCAUCAGGAGAAUAGGAGUGUUUGUGGAUCACGGUGCAGGAACUCUGUCCUUCUACAGCGUCUCUGACACAAUGAGCCUCAUCCACACAGUCCAGACCACAUUCACUCAGCCGCUCUAUCCUGGGUUUUGGGUUAAUGUUGGAUCAUCAGUGAAACUGUGUUGAUGAAUCAGAAUAGACUGAUGAGAGAUUCUACCCAUAAUGCUUUGA